GCGCGGGGAUGUCGGCGCGGCCGGGCCCGCUGUGCGGGGUGGUGGAAGGCUUCUAUGGGAGACCGUGGUCCAUGGAGCAGAGAAAGCUUCUCUUCCAAUGGCAAGUCCCUGCGCGCCGGCGUGGAGGCCCUGGUCCGUGCGCUCCGUCGAGAGGCCGCAGGAGCCUGCGCAGCGGCAGCAGCAGAUGCCAUCUCCCGUGCAGCUCUGACGGGUGCUCGAGCUACCUGUUGCUGCGUGUGUCCAUUCACCCUCCCUCCCUCCGGGGUUCGCCACCACAAGCGUGGCACUGGGCGAAAGGGCACAGCGCUCCGUUCCAAAUCCUCCCUGGUUCCCCCGCUACAUCCUCUCUCUCUGGGCAGCCGUGCCCAGCUCCCCCCAGCUGCGUGGGUGUGGGCAAGGCACCGGCCUGGGCCCAGGAGAACCAAGGGGGUCCCUUACAGUGUGGGCUGAGGGGCAGAGCAGUUUGGGGGCCAGAUGGCCAGGUGUGCAUCCAGCUCAGUCGUAUGUCGGAAGUGAAGCAUCCCACCAUGGUGCCUUCACUGGCUCGGGUGGUGCCAAGGGUCUAGGGUUUCCCGGGGUGAGCAUGGGUGGUGGAGCUGGGAGCCCCACUGGGCCUGGACCCUGCAGCACGCCAACAUGGAAACCUGUGAGAUGCUGCCUCCACACUCAGGGCUCCAACCUCGUCGCUGGCCCACGUUCCCAGCCAGACGUGGCCUCUGCCGGAGCAUGCAGUCCUGGUGCCAGCACCCGGGGCUGGGCCCUGGACACAGGAAUGGCCACGGUGGAGUCACUAGUCGCUCAGCCUGCUGGGUCUCUGGUGCUGGGACAGCAGGGAGCAGGAGGGGCCACGCUGUGCCACACAGGCCGUGCCGGGAGCCACCCCUGGUGGGGCACAUGGCUGAUGGCUGUUGGCACCACCACGUGGCACCGUGGAGAGCGCAGGAGGCAAUGGGAGCAGGAGCAUAAGGGAGCUGAUGGAGUUGAGGCUGAGGCCCACAACAUCAGGGUGGGCUGCGGAGGGGUUCGAUGGGCCGGGAGCCCCCAGGGCGGGGGGCAGGUGUCCUGCCUGGUGAGAGCCUGGCCAGGGCAGGCCUCACUGGAGAGGGGAAGCCGCCCUCAAGCACAGGCCCCCGAGAGCUGUGGGUGCAGCGGGGUCCCAUGGCACCAUCAGCCCCAGGUCCUGGUCCCCACAGCGCUCAGCAGGGGGCGGUGGUGCGCUGCAGCUGUGGGGGGUGAUGACGGCCACGCUGCAGACGUGGGGGGCUGCUCACCAGAGAUGGGGUGAUCCUGGUCACUGCAGGGGGGUGCUGCAGUAGCUUUGGGAGGGGCAUGGGGAUGGCAGCCACGGUGUGACCAGGCGAUGAACACCUCCCUGGGAGGCCCAAGCCAGAGGGUACUGGCCAGCCCCCCUCACCUCUGGGACCAUGGCCGGAUGCUGAGCCCGGGCUGGGGUCUGCCAUGGAGAGCAGGUGCUCCAGGGGGAUGGGGUGGGGGCCCCUGGGACAGGUCUGCCCACCUGCCACAUGCCAGGCCCCAGGUUUUGCGCUGAAUCUACAGGGGCGGGUCCGUGGCGUCCUGACGGCAACGUGGGGAGGGCUGUGCCAGUGCCCGGAGGCCAAGGCAGGGCAAAGCCACCGCUGGAGCUGGCCCCCAACCUGAGGGCCCCGCCGCCUGCCUUUGCUGGCCGGCGAGAGUCCCAUGCCACGGACGCGCUCCUGCUGGUGUUGUCCAGCGAGGAUCUGAUCUGUCCUCACCACAGCAGCCCGCGGAGGCUCAAGCGCUGGGGGCUGAACUGCUACAUGUACGCGCCCAAGGAUGAGCUGAAACACCGGCUGCUCUGGCGGGAACCCUACACAGAGCACGAGGCAGCCCAGCUGGCAUCGCUCAUCGCGGCCGCACGGGAGCAGGGCGUGGAGCUCGUCUUCGCCCUCUCCACGGGGCAGGACAUGGUGUUCUCCAGCGCCAGCGACCGGCUCCUGCUGCAGCGCAAACUCAGGCAGGUGGCAGCGGCCGGGUGCAGCUCCUUCGCGCUGCUCUUUGACGACAUCGACCCUGCCCUGUGCCAGGCCGACCGCGCCGUCUUCCCCUCGCUGGCCCAGGCCCAGGCAUCCGUGGCCAACGAGGCGUACCGGGCGCUGGGGCAGCCGCCCGUCUUCCUCUUCUGCCCCACAGAGUACUGCAGCGCGCUCUGCUCCCCCAGCCCCAGCCGCUCCCGCUACCUGCUGGCCCUGGGCCAGGAGCUGCUGCCGGGCAUCGGCAUCAUCUGGACAGGCCCCAAGGUGGUGUCACAGGAGCUGUCGCUGGCACUCCUGGAGGAGGUGGAGGGCGUGCUGGGCCGCAGCCCCGUCAUCUGGGACAACCUCUAUGCCAAUGACUACGACUGCCGCCGCGUCUUCCUGGGCCCCUUCACGGGCCGCCCCCCCGGGCUCAUGUCCAGGCUUCGCGGGCUCCUGCUCAACCCCAAUGGCGAGCUCCAAGCCAACUACGUGCCCCUGCACACGCUUGGCACAUGGCUGCGCUGCAGCCGGCGGGGACACGGCAUGCACACAGAGGAAGACGCAGCAGCAGAGACCCAGGAGGAGCCGAGCUACAGCCCGCAGGAGGCGCUGGACCAGGCCCUGCGUGACUGGGUGGCCGAGAUCCGCCAACAGGUGCCGGAUCCAGCGGGCAGCCCUGAGGAGAUGGUGUCUGAACCAGAGCCAGGUCCCAGCAGCGAGAGCCGGAGCCACCCAAAGCCCCUGAGCGCAGCAGCGGGCAGCAGGGAGCCGGCGCCGGCACCGGGGCUGCACAGCAAGAGCAGGGUGCUGGAGGGGGCUGCAGAGCCUGGGGACAGCAACACCGGGCAGGACGGGGCUGCGCCUAUGGGCAGGGAUGAGGACAUGGCCCCUGAGGCACCAGUGCCACCUCCCGCAGCCCAGGUGCCGACCACCCCAGGCCUCUCAACACCCCGUGGUACUGCCGUGGCCAAUGCCCGAUGGAGCCCCCCGGUGCCCGUGGCUGACAGCACCGAUGAUGCAGACCCUGCGUCACCCAGGGCCAGCACGGCCAACAGCUGCCGGAGCCCCCCAGUGCCCGUGGCCAAUGGGGCCAGCGCCAGCCUGGACCCUGCACUGCCCGUUGCCCACGUAACCGAUGCCAUCCAGAGCACUGCGGUGCUCGUGGCUGAUGGUGUCAGCACCAAGCUGAGCCCCGCGCUGCCCCUGGCCCACGGCACGGGCGCUGGCUCGGAGCCCCCCUGGGCCCAGGCGGAGAGUAGCCCGGCGAAGGGGCUGGGGCUGGAGGAGGUGCGGCUGCUGGUGGAGCUCUUCUACCUGCCCUACGAGCACGGGGCGCAGGCCGCCCAGCUCCUGCAGCACUUCCGCUGGCUCCAGGCCAACCGCCGCGGCGCCCGCGCCCCAGGCAGAGCCAGCGACGCCGACCUGGAGGAGCAGUGGCAGUGCCGGGCUGAGGCCUUCCAGCAGCUCUGCAGCCGCAUCUGUCACCUGCACGGGCGCUUCGUGAGCUGCGCCAGCCGCGCCCUGCGCUACGACCUGCACCGCUACCUCUGGGACCUGCGCACCGUCGUGCUGGCCGCCCGCGCCUUUGCCCUCUGGAUGGACGGCCGCAUCCUCGCUGACCCCGACCCGCAGGGCACGUGGAGGAGCUGCUUCCGCUGGUGCCAGAGCAGUGCUGCGGCCCUUGCCCUGGCCGGGGAUGCGGAGCCCUGGGUGCGCCAUGGCGGCCUCUCCGGGGAGCUGCAGGCGCUGCUGCCCGUGGGGAACAGCUGCGAGCUUUUCCACUACCCACCCCCACUCGUGCCCUCCAGCCAGCACUACACCCUCCGGCCCCUGCUGCCACAGGACCAGGACGAGCUGUACCGGCUGUGCCGGGAGGGGGUGGAGUGUGGCCCUGAUGCUGCGGAGACGCUGGCGGCGCAUCCGGACCUCCUGGGGGACUGGCUCCUGGGUAGCUUCCUGCGGCUGAGCCCCAAGUACACGUUCGUGCUGGAGGACAUGGCAGGGCCCUGCGGGUAUGCAGCCGGCACCCUCCGUGCCCAGAGCUUCCUGCAGCAGCGCGAGCACAUCUGGCUGCCCGCCAUGCGGCUCAAGUACCCCCGCGCCCCGGACAGCGCCGCUGCGCAGGGCGCCGUGGGGGAGGCGCUGAUGUCCUUCCAGGCAGAGCCGCUGGCUGUGCCCCCGGCCGUGCUGCAGCGCUUCCCCUCACUGGUGCAGCUGGGCACUGCGCCACGCGCACUGGACCCCGGCGCUGCCCGCAGCCUGGCCAUCGCCCUGCUCAGCGCCCUGCGCGCCAAUGGGUCCCGGGGCGUGUUCUGCGAGGUGAGCGCCGCGCACCACCACCAGCUGCAUUUCUACGGGAAGCUCGGCUUUGUGACGCUGCCCGGCGGGCGGACCCAUGGCCCUCACACCCAGCUCCUGGGCCGGCUCCUCUGAGCACGUGGCCGUGGCCCCGAGCCAGGCACAGUGUGGAUGCAGGCAGGGCAGAGGGCAGCACGGCAGUGACACAGGCCCCAAGGGGACGAGCAGGCCAGGUGCAAGCCCUCAGGCUCUGGACACAGUAGGCCCCACAGGCUUCCCCUGUCUGGACAGGGUGGUGGGGAUACCUAGCCCCAGCCCUGCUGCCCCUGUGGCAGGAGCAGAGGGUCUUGGUGCCAGGGUGCUCGCCCUGCCGCAGGCUCUGCGGGAGCUCCCGCAUGAUGUGCAUAGGAAGGACGGGGCCUGGGGCUUGCUGCCCACGCGGCAUGGCCUGUGGCUGUGAGGAAGGAGAUGUGUGCCCUGGGGAUGGUGCUGCUUCAGCCGCAAUAAAGGACAUGUCCAGG